AUGGGUCCCACGCCAACCUUCCAUGAUGCGCCGAAUUCCAAUGCCUUUUCAACGGUCGCAUUCUCCCAAGACUUCAAGUGGAAAGCCUCGAAGGAAGUUCCAUUGCUUAGCCAGGCUUCCCCAUCUGGACCAGCCGAAUACAUCCUAACAACCGGCGAUUCCAUCAUCAACUGGGCCCGACAGGGCUCCUUGUACCCCCUGACCUUCGGGCUUGCAUGCUGCGCCGUGGAAAUGAUGCAUAUGGCGGGUCCACGCUACGACACCGAUCGCCUGGGUCUUAUGUUCCGAGCCUCGCCUCGACAGGCAGAUGUCAUUAUCGUUGCGGGAACUUUGACAAAUAAGAUAGCACCUGCGUUUCGCCAAGUCUGUGACCAGAUGCCUGAGCCACGUUUUGUCAUCAGUUGCGAUCGGAUAGUACCAGCGGAUGUCUAUGUGCCUGGAUGUCCCCCGACCACUGAAGCGUUGAUCUAUGGGGUCAUGAUCCUGCAGAAGAAGAUUCUGCGUAUGUGGUAUCAACGCUAA